CCGCGCCAUCCACGGCGGCCGACCACAGCCCGACCCGCCCAGCUGCAGCACCCAUCCAGCGCCCGGCAGCUGCGCCGGUGAAAGCUAGCCACGUGCAUGGCUGCAGAUUCGCGAGGCGGAGGAGAGCAUGAGCUAGCAACAGGCGUGCAGGCGUGGACCAGCAGACAGAGGCAGAGCCAGUCAGCAUGCUCAAGUGGCUGUCCGGGGCGAGGCCCAAGGGUCCGCAGCCGGCAGAGGUCGUCACCGACGACCCGCUCGCCACCAUACACGUCGCGGCGGGGGGCAAGCUGGACGGGCCGCUCGAGAUCUACGCCGUCAGCAGGGAGCCGUGCAUCAGCCAGCACGCUUGCCUCAGGGUGAACCCCAUCUUCGACGAGGGCGGCGGCUCCGCAGAUCGGCGCGGGGGCGGCCGUUGCGACCGCGGCGGCUCUUCUGGGUACGGCAGCAGCGGCAGCGGGGGCGGCAGCGGGGGCGGCAGCGGAGCCAGGUCGCCGUGCGCCAGCUCGUCCGGCGGCGAGUCCCCCAAGCAGUCAGCACCGCCCACCCCGGAGCAGGCGUCGCCCACGAGGACGCCGGCUACGAUGCCGGCCGGCCGCUGCUCGUCGCUGCAGACGAGGUCUCCGGCGCCCCCGCGGCACGCCUGCCCGCCCCCGGCCUCGCCGCCUCCUCCGCUCCCGCAGGCACGGCCGCCGCCUCCGGACACGCCGGCGCCCCCGCCCCCCGGGGGCAGUGGGUGCUCGCGGCUGUGUCCCAUCCCGGAGGGCUGGCCCGUAGGAGUGCCGCGUCCCAUCUGGCCGCCGAAGCACCUGGAUGCGCUGUACGCCGCGCUGGCCAAGCACACUGAGCACGAGCCCGCCGCCGCCGUCGCAGCCGCUGCCGCCGUCACGGCGCGGGACCACGCCAGCGACACCGCCUCCUCGUCCGCUAGCAGCGGCUUCGGCGAUGACCACCCGCCUUGUCUCUCCACCAGGCUGGUGUGUGGGGAACGCUGUUCUGCGAAGUCGAUGUCGUCGUCGCGGGAGAAGCUGCUGUCGGCGCGCCCGGACGCCGCGGCGGCGGCGGCGGUGGCUGCGAGUGGACACUGGCCCGGCGUUACGCCUGGCGACGUCUGCCUGCAGUCCAAGGACGGCGUCCUCUGGAAGCCGGACUUCACGCUGGACAAGGCGGCGGCCGAGCGGCUGAUGCGCAACAUCCAGAAGGCGAAGCGGCGCCGCUGCCUCUGCCACGCGGCCACCUCCUUCCUGGGACUGGCCGUCUUCCUGCUCUCCGUGAUGCUGGUCAGCCUCGCCAUGACGGGCGGACGCCGCUACUUCGGCUCCCUCUGAUCUGGCCCGACCCGAUGUGAUCCAGGUCGCAAUCCCGCCUACGCUUCAGCCUCUGCGAGAAGGGACCGCCGACGAAACCUGUGUCUGUGAGAGUCCGUGUGCAUUCCCGCUGCAGUGUAGCAUUCGUCGUACCUGACUGCAAGACACUUUGACGCACUGGUGCUAGAUGAUUUCGUCCCCGAGAGAAACAGAAGGCAGGAACCCUUCCAUAUUUAGAAAUCCGUAUAACCAUAAAGUGCUGCAGUAUUUCGCCGCCCAAAUACGAAAUGCUCUGUCCAUUUAUAGUCAGGAAUGAAAAAAUUCCUCACCCUCGACAUAAAACACAUAUUUGAUACAGAAUCUCUGCUUCACUUCGCUAUUCGCUAAGAUUUCAUUUAUUUCACUCAAGACCGUGUCAGAUGAUAGUUAAAUGGCACCACGUCAUCUAACUAGAUAUCAGAGGCACUGAUCACUUUUUCUUCCCUCCAAUCUGGGUGUGAUAUAAUAGCGUGAACGUUGAACGUUUACUGUUGCAAUUCUUUGGCACCGACAUACAAUCGACGGUAGUAAGAAGGAAGGUAGGUUAGGCCUUAACUUCCCGACGACAUCGAGGUCAUUAGAGACGGGGCACAAGCUCGGACUGUUUCAAGGAUGGGGAAGGACAUCAGCUGUGCCGUUUCGAAGGAUUCAUCCCCGUAUUUGCCUGGAGCGCUUUAGGGAAAUCACGGUAAAUCUAAAUCUGGAUGGCCGGAUGCGGAUUUGAACCCUUGCCCACCCGAAUGCCAGACUGGUGUUCUAACCGCUGCACCACCGCACUCGGUCCAAAAGUAGUCAGUAGAUGGGAACAGACUGUAUGUAUCUUCAGCAACAACAGCUAACCUUUGCUCUGAAAUAAUCCUUCAGCAAAUGAGCAGACACAAUGUCACUGUUGAAUCUUUUCAUUUUUAAACCAUAUUUUUUUAAAGGAAAACUGACGUUUAUGCUGUAAAAAUACACAAACUUUUCCACGGUCAUGAAAGAAUUCAACUUCACUUCUUCGAAACGUUUAAGCGUCGAUUAACUUUUUGCUCGUAUUAAUACAGUGUUUUCCAAUCUAUGCAUUACGUGAAACCCAUUUUAAUGUCCAUUUUUAUGGCGGAAACCCUGGUCUGUUUCUGUAGUAUGGUUUUAAUGUUGUAUAUAUGUUACAAAACGUAACGUGCCUCAUGUUUCUGAUGACAAACAAUAAAGUGCAGUACUUGUGGGUAGAUUCUGUGAUAAGGACGAUGGUGGCGCUUCGAAUCGCCUGCUACAAUCACACCUUGUGCACUUGUUCCCUCACUACUGACUUUAGCGACUACAUGGUUGUCUCCCAGUCCACGAUAUAAAUGUAAACGUCGUGUGACUAGGGCCUCCCAUCGGGCAGACCGUUUGCCGGGUUAAUACAGCGCAUUCGUAACGACUAUCCAAAAUAGUAAGUGGAAGCGAGGUUUAGAUGUCAUUCUAUUUCUGUAAUGUCACAGAAACAUUAAUUUCCAUUUCUUGAAUGUUAUGAAAAAAGUAACGUAAAGUUUGCAGAACUCUUUCAGGGAUCUCCACGGAAACACAGGGUUACGCGGAACAUAGUUUAAGAAAGCUGCGUUAAUGGAUUUCAAAACACAAUUCUCAUUUCCGACGCUGACAGCACUGCAUCACCAGUAUGGAGACUUAAUCCCGUCAUUGUACCGUACUGAGUGAGAUGGAGCACUGGUUAACACGUUUGGUCUCAUGAUCACGAGGAGUGGGCAUACAAGUGAAUCCACGUUCACAAGUUCAGUCAUCAAGAUUUAGACUUUAUCUGGCUUUCCUAAACCGAAUAAGGUGACCACAGGGAUGGUGUAUUUGCAAAGGAUGCGGUCAGAUUCUUUACCCAUCCUUUCUCGAACGAUCUCACCCGUUAGUAACACAGUAAACAAUAAUCUUCCUUCCUUAUAACCAUGUUUCAUCCAAGACGUUUGCCGCUCCACUGCCCACAUAAAAACUUGCCAGUAGUGAAGAAAAAUUACGCAGAUUCUACGGCUGUACUACUUGUUUGCACGAAUUUCAUACAUUUCCGCAAAGCCUUGUCCUGAAACAUAGUCAGUGCCUCUUUGCCCUCAAUGCACGAACGCCUACCUGCCCCCCCCCCCCCCCCCCC